AUGACACUGCCGGGAUCAACUACUGCGAGCAUUUGGUACACCGUCGCCCCCCGCCCCCACGCUCCGUCUCCCCCCGCCCCCACGCUCCGUCUCCCCCCGCCCCCACGCUCCGUCUCCCCCCGCCCCCACGCUCCGUCUCCCCCCGCCCCCACGCUCCGUCUCCCCCCGCCCCCACGCUCCGUCUCCCCCCGCCCCCACGCUCCGUCUCCCCCCGCCCCCACGCUCCGUCUCCCCCCGCCCCCACGCUCCGUCUCCCCCCGCCCCCACGCUCCGUCUCCCCCCGCCCCCACGCUCCGUCUCCCCCCGCCCCCACGCUCCGUCUCCCCCCGCCCCCACGCUCCGUCUCCCCCCGCCCCCACGCUCCGUCUCCCCCCGCCCCCACGCUCCGUCUCCCCCCGCCCCCACGCUCCGUCUCCCCCCGCCCCCACGCUCCGUCUCCCCCCGCCCCCACGCUCCGUCUCCCCCCGCCCCCACGCUCCGUCUCCCCCCGCCCCCACGCUCCGUCUCCCCCCGCCCCCACGCUCCGUCUCCCCCCGCCCCCACGCUCCGUCUCCCCCCGCCCCCACGCUCCGUCUCCCCCCGCCCCCACGCUCCGUCUCCCCCCGCCCCCACGCUCCGUCUCCCCCCGCCCCCACGCUCCGUCUCCCCCCGCCCCCACGCUCCGUCUCCCCCCGCCCCCACGCUCCGUCUCCCCCCGCCCCCACGCUCCGUCUCCCCCCGCCCCCACGCUCCGUCUCCCCCCGCCCCCACGCUCCGUCUCCCCCCGCCCCCACGCUCCGUCUCCCCCCGCCCCCACGCUCCGUCUCCCCCCGCCCCCACGCUCCGUCUCCCCCCGCCCCCACGCUCCGUCUCCCCCCGCCCCCACGCUCCGUCUCCCCCCGCCCCCACGCUCCGUCUCCCCCCGCCCCCACGCUCCGUCUCCCCCCGCCCCCACGCUCCGUCUCCCCCCGCCCCCACGCUCCGUCUCCCCCCGCCCCCACGCUCCGUCUCCCCCCGCCCCCACGCUCCGUCUCCCCCCGCCCCCACGCUCCGUCUCCCCCCGCCCCCACGCUCCGUCUCCCCCCGCCCCCACGCUCCGUCUCCCCCCGCCCCCACGCUCCGUCUCCCCCCGCCCCCACGCUCCGUCUCCCCCCGCCCCCACGCUCCGUCUCCCCCCGCCCCCACGCUCCGUCUCCCCCCGCCCCCACGCUCCGUCUCCCCCCGCCCCCACGCUCCGUCUCCCCCCGCCCCCACGCUCCGUCUCCCCCCGCCCCCACGCUCCGUCUCCCCCCGCCCCCACGCUCCGUCUCCCCCCGCCCCCACGCUCCGUCUCCCCCCGCCCCCACGCUCCGUCUCCCCCCGCCCCCACGCUCCGUCUCCCCCCGCCCCCACGCUCCGUCUCCCCCCGCCCCCACGCUCCGUCUCCCCCCGCCCCCACGCUCCGUCUCCCCCCGCCCCCACGCUCCGUCUCCCCCCGCCCCCACGCUCCGUCUCCCCCCGCCCCCACGCUCCGUCUCCCCCCGCCCCCACGCUCCGUCUCCCCCCGCCCCCACGCUCCGUCUCCCCCCGCCCCCACGCUCCGUCUCCCCCCGCCCCCACGCUCCGUCUCCCCCCGCCCCCACGCUCCGUCUCCCCCCGCCCCCACGCUCCGUCUCCCCCCGCCCCCACGCUCCGUCUCCCCCCGCCCCCACGCUCCGUCUCCCCCCGCCCCCACGCUCCGUCUCCCCCCGCCCCCACGCUCCGUCUCCCCCCGCCCCCACGCUCCGUCUCCCCCCGCCCCCACGCUCCGUCUCCCCCCGCCCCCACGCUCCGUCUCCCCCCGCCCCCACGCUCCGUCUCCCCCCGCCCCCACGCUCCGUCUCCCCCCGCCCCCACGCUCCGUCUCCCCCCGCCCCCACGCUCCGUCUCCCCCCGCCCCCACGCUCCGUCUCCCCCCGCCCCCACGCUCCGUCUCCCCCCGCCCCCACGCUCCGUCUCCCCCCGCCCCCACGCUCCGUCUCCCCCCGCCCCCACGCUCCGUCUCCCCCCGCCCCCACGCUCCGUCUCCCCCCGCCCCCACGCUCCGUCUCCCCCCGCCCCCACGCUCCGUCUCCCCCCGCCCCCACGCUCCGUCUCCCCCCGCCCCCACGCUCCGUCUCCCCCCGCCCCCACGCUCCGUCUCCCCCCGCCCCCACGCUCCGUCUCCCCCCGCCCCCACGCUCCGUCUCCCCCCGCCCCCACGCUCCGUCUCCCCCCGCCCCCACGCUCCGUCUCCCCCCGCCCCCACGCUCCGUCUCCCCCCGCCCCCACGCUCCGUCUCCCCCCGCCCCCACGCUCCGUCUCCCCCCGCCCCCACGCUCCGUCUCCCCCCGCCCCCACGCUCCGUCUCCCCCCGCCCCCACGCUCCGUCUCCCCCCGCCCCCACGCUCCGUCUCCCCCCGCCCCCACGCUCCGUCUCCCCCCGCCCCCACGCUCCGUCUCCCCCCGCCCCCACGCUCCGUCUCCCCCCGCCCCCACGCUCCGUCUCCCCCCGCCCCCACGCUCCGUCUCCCCCCGCCCCCACGCUCCGUCUCCCCCCGCCCCCACGCUCCGUCUCCCCCCGCCCCCACGCUCCGUCUCCCCCCGCCCCCACGCUCCGUCUCCCCCCGCCCCCACGCUCCGUCUCCCCCCGCCCCCACGCUCCGUCUCCCCCCGCCCCCACGCUCCGUCUCCCCCCGCCCCCACGCUCCGUCUCCCCCCGCCCCCACGCUCCGUCUCCCCCCGCCCCCACGCUCCGUCUCCCCCCGCCCCCACGCUCCGUCUCCCCCCGCCCCCACGCUCCGUCUCCCCCCGCCCCCACGCUCCGUCUCGCCCCGCCCCCACGCUCCGUCUCGCCCCGCCCCCACGCUCCGUCUCGCCCCGCCCCCACGCUCCGUCUCGCCCCGCCCCCACGCUCCGUCUCGCCCCGCCCCCACGCUCCGUCUCGCCCCGCCCCCACGCUCCGUCUCGCCCCGCCCCCACGCUCCGUCUCGCCCCGCCCCCACGCUCCGUCUCGCCCCGCCCCCACGCUCCGUCUCGCCCCGCCCCCACGCUCCGUCUCGCCCCGCCCCCACGCUCCGUCUCGCCCCGCCCCCACGCUCCGUCUCGCCCCGCCCCCACGCUCCGUCUCGCCCCGCCCCCACGCUCCGUCUCGCCCCGCCCCCACGCUCCGUCUCGCCCCGCCCCCACGCUCCGUCUCGCCCCGCCCCCACGCUCCGUCUCGCCCCGCCCCCACGCUCCGUCUCGCCCCGCCCCCACGCUCCGUCUCGCCCCGCCCCCACGCUCCGUCUCGCCCCGCCCCCACGCUCCGUCUCGCCCCGCCCCCACGCUCCGUCUCGCCCCGCCCCCACGCUCCGUCUCGCCCCGCCCCCACGCUCCGUCUCGCCCCGCCCCCACGCUCCGUCUCGCCCCGCCCCCACGCUCCGUCUCGCCCCGCCCCCACGCUCCGUCUCGCCCCGCCCCCACGCUCCGUCUCGCCCCGCCCCCACGCUCCGUCUCGCCCCGCCCCCACGCUCCGUCUCGCCCCGCCCCCACGCUCCGUCUCCCCCCGCCCCCCGGUAUUCCUGCCUGUCGUAA